UUUGCAGAACAGGCACCGCCUGCCUUCCCUAUAUAAAGCAGCAGACACGUUAACCAACAGACACUCGCCGGAGGACCAUGCAGGCGGCAGCCAUCCCCACGCCACGGCUCCACAGGAUGCCUGGAAUGUUCUUGUCUGCUCACCCAAAAGAAUUGAAAGAAACUGGCCACUCACUUCUACACGACAGAACACAGAAAAGGAGGCCCAAGACUUUUGGAAUGGACAUGAAGGCAUAUCUGAGAUCUAUGAUCCCGCAUCUGGAAUCUGGAAUAAAAUCAUCCAAGGCCAAGGAUAUACUCUCUGCUGAUGAAGUAAUGCAAUGGUCUCAAUCUCUGGAAAGACUUCUUGCCACCCAAACUGGUCAAGAUGUUUUUGGAAAUUUCCUAAAAUCUGAGUUCAGUGAGGAAAACAUUGAGUUUUGGCUGGCUUGCGAAGACUAUAAAAAAACAGAAUCUGAUAAUUUGCACUGCAAAGCAGAGAAAAUAUAUAAGGCCUUUGUGCAUUCAGAUGCUGCUAAGCAAAUCAAUAUUGACUUCCGCACUCGAGAAUCUACGGCCAAGAGGAUUAAAGCGCCCACGCUCACAUGUUUUGAUGAAGCCCAAAAAGUCAUAUUUACUCUCAUGGAAAAGGACUCCUACCCCAGGUUCCUGAAAUCAGAUAUUUACUUAAAUCUGCUCAAUGACCUUCAAGCUAACAGUCUAAAGUGACUGGCUGUCGGUUAAAGGCAUGAGAAGACAGCAUCAGUGCAGACAAAACCCACCAGUGAGGCUCCCUGGCUGAACAACUUUCCAUUUUCGGGUAACUCAACCAGCCCAGAAGAAGAAGAAAUGACUCGGGACAGAUGCAUGCGGCGGCUGUCAAGAUGUGAAGCUGGAUAGAAGCUAAGUUCAAACUGAGGGACUGUAGGAGAAAGGAGAACAUAAGUGGACCUCUGCAUCUAAAAAGAAAACAAACUUUCUGGACUGAGAAUCCUGCUAACUCUAGUUGCACAGAAACUGUGAAUAAAGACUAAAAACUGUUUACAAUGUGCUAUAAUAAGCUCAAACUCAACUGACAUUUGCGCUAUGUAUUGUUAUAUAGAGACUGUAACGAGCUGCUGAAAACUCGGUCUCUUUGAUGACCAUUUGAAGAGGAUGUGUUUCAAAAUCCCCACUGUUCUUAUUCACACAGAGGUUCUUGGUAUUGUCUUCUGAUGGUUUUUACCUGGGGAAAAUGACAAGCAUAUUUAACGAAAGCUAUU